AUGCAGGCCGAAUUCGAUAAAACAUGUAAAAAGAUAGGUCUUCAGCUGAACCUGGACAAGACGAUGUUAUUGAAAAACGGAUGGAUUUCUGAUGCCAUUUUCCGAUGCCCCAUUCACGCUCAACGCAACGAAUAUAUCGGAAUGCUUCAGCAAUUUAUAUCAAGGUCAGGAAAUCAACAUGAUGAACGACCUGACCUCCGAGCUGAGCAGAAGGAAACGAGCGGCUUGGGGAGCAUAAAAGAGCGUCGAGGAUAUAGUGAAGAGGACUAA